UCGAUGACUACCUCGAAACGAACAGUGAUCAACUCCAUCUCCUCCUCCUUGCGGUGAGAGCGAAGCGUCGAGUGUUGUCGAGUCAUAGAGAGCUAAAGUUGAGAUUCGGUCCACGCACUCACACAGCUCAAUGUUGAAACAAGCCUUGAGGGACGAUCCGCUCACACGCCUAGCGAAGAGAUUCGACUCUCCCGAAUUCGUCUCUGCGAGAGUAGACGGACAUCUGAGAAGCACACUGCUCCACGCUCUCAAUCAUCCCUUUGACGCUGUUCAGGAUGGACUCUUGAGGCAUCGAACCCUCGCAGAAACUCUGCGUGUCUCUGGCGAGCGUACUGAAGAUACUUUGGGCGUCAUUAGAGAGCGCUCAGAGAUGCCCAUGCCAGAUGUCUGCGUGGCUUACUCCCUGUACAGGGAUUCGGGAAGGAUGAUUAACCUGGCUGACUGGUACGAUGCCUUCACUCAGCAAGUCUCGCUGCCGAUCUCUUCUUCGCGCGCAACGUUUGCCGACGACCAACAAAGUUCUCGCAAACGUCCUAGCCCAGCUUCAGCCGGCGGUGAGAACGGCCAGACCGAAGGGCCGGCGGGCAUGGAAGCCAGGCCUGAAGAUUUGGAUCAGGUCAGAUUUGCAUGCGCGGUCAAUGAGCUGGCUAGCUUGGGUUUGCUCAGAAGAACAAGACGCAAAGCGGAACAUGUACUCAAAACGAUUUGGGACUUGCCUCCUGCACCGUCUUUUGGACAUGUACCUGACACCGGAUGACGCCGUUCAUGCUUCGAACGGCCUUCGAACGGCGCAACAUGAUGCGAAUGACUGGACCCAAAGAAUUCCUAUGAUUUGCAAGGUAUGGAAGCAAAAUUUGCGCGGACAUCGUGUG